AUGAAUGCAUACCCAUCUCUUCUUCUUCCCUACCUGAAUUUUGAUCGGAAGAUCGCAAAGAAACUCCACUUCCAUUUACAGCAAGAUUUGAGGCCAGAAAAACCAAUCCUGAAAGGCCAAAACAUACCGUUUGCCUCUCCAGAAAUUUUCAAAUUUGGAAUAUUUCUGUGGUUUCAGGGAACUCCAGUGAACAUAGUGGUUGGAUCGCAUGUGUGGGUGGAGGAUCCAGAGGAGGCAUGGAUGGAUGGGGAGGUCCUCGAAAUCAAGGGCAGUGAAGCCAAGAUUGUUACCACAAACGAAAAGACAGUUGUCUCUAAUUUAUCAAAUAUUUAUCCAAAAGACACAGAAGCGCCACCAGCAGGGGUUGAUGAUAUGACCAAGUUGGCGUACCUCCACGAGCCUGGAGUUCUACACAACCUAUAUCAACGGUUUGCUCUGAAUGAGAUAUAUGUAAGUCUCCAAGAAGCUGAGAUGAUCGCAUCACCCUGA